AUGACAUCCCAGGAGACAAGCACACAAACGCAUAUGUCGGGUUCAAAAUCGUCAAAUGAACCCACCAAGCUCGAUAUAGAGCAUGCAGUGGUUGAAGACGAUCCUCGAAUAUGGUCGAACGCGAAAAAGAACGUUGUAGUGUUCAUCGUAUCUGGAGCAUCGAUGAUCGCGGGUUUGUGCGCGAAUAUACAAAACCCCGCCAAUGCUCAAAUCGAGCAACAGCUACACACCAAUAGCGGGGACAUCAGCCUGAGUUUGUCUCUUUACAUUCUCGCCCAAGGCAGUUUUCCUAUGAUUUGGAGCGCAAUCAGCGAGAUAAAGGGCCGCAAGACGGUGUACCUUUUCUCCUUAGUACUGUUUACACUCGGAUCAGCGAUCGUGGCCGUAUCCAGUACCAUCGGUUUUGUUAUCAGUAUGCGUAUUCUGCAAGGCAUAGGGGCAAGCGCAGUUCUCACUAUUGGAGCUGCCACUCUGGCUGAUAUAUACGAGCCGCAUCAACGAGGAAAAAUGAUGGGUAUCUUCUAUGCUGCACCUCUUCUCGGACCCUCAUUUGGGUCGAUUAUCGGUGGUGCACUCACACAGGGCCUCGGUUGGCGGGCGAUCUUCUGGUUCCUAGUCAUCUGGGGAGGUAUAAUAUUUUCGGCAUUCCUUUUCUUGUUCAAGGAUACCUUCCGGAAGGAAAGGAGCACAACGUACCAAGAUGCAUUGAAGAGGAGGCUCCGAGAACAACAGUCGUCGGAAGCAAAGGACGGCUCGAGAAAUAUCUCAGAGAAGGAAUCACAAGUGAAUGAAGAAGACCAGACGAGUUCAAAUGACAUUGAAGCACAGCCGACGGUCAUAUCAGCAUCAGCCAUCAGAGAAGUACAACUGUCCAUUGUUGAUGUCAACCCUUUCCCUCCAUACCUAUCGGUCAUCAGCCGUAAGAACAACAUUGCUAUCUUGAUAGCAUCAGGUUUAAUUCAUGCAUUUUGCUUUAGCAUUAUGUAUACAUGCGCAAGAACAUUGUCGAUGUAUUAUAAUUACGACGCUUUGAAGACCAGCCUCGUCUUACUUGCCUAUGGUAUUGGCUCUAUAUCCGGCAGCAUGUUAGGUGGACGUUGGUCCGAUCGGACACUUGUUCGGCUAAAGGCAGCGAACGGAGGGAUCAGCUUUCCAGAGAUGCGCCUCGAGAGUACCAAAGUCGCCAUGGUGUGGUUACCUCUUUCUGUGAUUGGAUACGCUUGGGUGUGCCAAGAACGGGUCAACAUCGCUGCGAUGUGCGUGAUGCUUUUCCUCGUAGGAUUUCUAUCCAUAUGGAUCUACGCGAGCACGCUGGCAUACAUUGUCGACGCAAACACUGGUCGCUCAUCGACGGCGGUAGCGACCAACAGUUCUUUCCGUGGUCUGUUUGCUUUUGUUGCUACUGAAAUCGCUGUUCCUUUACAAGAUAGUAUUGGUGACGGUGGUUUGUAUACCCUCUGGGCGGGGCUGAUGGUCAUUACUAAUUGUAUUAUCUUAUUGGUAUUGUACAAAGGCAGGAAGUGGAGAGAAGCUAGUGCUGAGCGGGAGAAGCGGAAGCUGGAUAGCAAGUAA